AUGAGCCGGGCCUCCUAUUUCUUCAUCGCUGUCUAUUGUCUCGAGCCACCCUUUUGUCUGGCUUCGGCGUCCGCAGUGUACGAGCACGACGGCCCGAUUCCCAAUCAUCGCGAUAUUGUAACACAUUUCCUACUACCUGUGAUGAGCUGGAUAGAAACGACACCGCCUGGAGGUGAAUGGUCGAUGACUCACCCGCGACAAUCCCUUUGGUCGGCGACCUGUUGUUACAUUGGCACACACCACCUGAGUGAUGCCCUCUGGAGUGCAGUCACCCAGAGAAACUAUGCACAACUCCAUCGUUUCGGAAAUCAGGAGAUUGCAGCCGGCGCAACACGCCCGCCCCCGCAACACCCUCCGCGCCCACAACAGAGACACACGUCCGCCUCAUCGCCGGGCGACGCGUUUCCGCUCGCGCCCGCCGUCCUCCUCGAUGUCCAUCGCAUCCACGCCCAGGGCCUGUGUCUGCGCCUGCUGGUUCUGGUCGCCGCGCGCGCUGCGUGUGCGGCGGCGCGACGAGCCGCCCGCGGGGGCCGGGGCGUCCGCGGGCCCGGAGAGCGAGUCCAGCAGCAUGACGUUGUGGCGGCGCUUGGAGCCCACGGUCGCGGCGGCGUCGGGCGCGGGUAUCGGCUCGGGGGCGGGGUUCGCCGCGGCGGGGAAUGGCGCGAGGACGGUCGUGUUGGGGUGCGGGGGCAGGACGAGGCGGGACUUGGGGAGGCGGUGGAGCGGGAGGCCGGAGAGUGGGGAGGGGGAGGGCGGUGCCGGGGACGAGGCGGGCGAAAGGGUGGGAGGGGUGUAAGGGGUGAGCGGCGCGACGGUGGCGACGGUGGGCUGGAGGGUGAUGUGCUUAGCAAAACGAGCGAUCCGCGGAAAUGCUCGCCAAAAGAUGAAAAGGAAGGAGGUGUUUGUGUUAUAGACAGAGGAAGAUGGUUAGGGAUCUGCAUGAACAGUGGAUGCCAUGAAUUCACGGGAUGUCCACUGAGCAUGAUUACCCAGUAG